AUGCCUUCCACUGAGGCCAAACUGCUGUCCGACUUCCUCGUCGCGCCCGCGUCGUUGCGCGACUUCAUGACACUGCGCCAGUUCACCGACAUCUUCCCCAAGGGCCACCGCUCCAACCCCGCCGUCAAGGAGCUGCACCGCGAGCUGUGCACGCUUCGUGAGCGAGACAUCGACGCCGUGCGACAAGACAUUGCGCUCGAGGUCAAGCGAUCCAAGCAGCUAAGGCGCGACUAUGCCCGCGAGCGCCGCCAGGUCGACGAAGCCAACGUAGUUGGUCUGGAUCCCGUCGCACUUCGGAUGGAACAAGAGCUUUCGGGCGCUCAUGGCAGGAAGCCGCACACGCUCCAGACCGUCCAUGCAAGCAUUGAAGAAGCCUGCGAAGCUCUUGAAGCACAAAUCGCCGACAUUGAGCAGGAGAAUCGCGCUGCCUUGCUUGAGGUCGAGGACACCAUCAGCGCACUCAGUGACCUGCGGAAAGGGAGCUUCCCGCAGACGGCGAGCGGAGAAGACAUCGGCCAGGAAGUGCUCGCCACACUGAAGAGGCUUGAGGCCGUGUGUCUAGAGCCAGCAGGAUGA